AUGUGUGGCGCCGAUGAGGCAACGCGCAUCAAAUCGGCGGCAUUCCGGAUUGUCCGCGGACCGUUACGGCACGGCACCCGGACGCUGCGCUUGCGCAACCAAGCGCAUUCGCUCGGUUAUGUAAUUCUUGGUGCAUCCAGCAACACACUAGAUGAUUUCACCGUCCUUUCUGCCACCCUCCUGGUUGCAGUUUCUAGCGGUCGUCUCGACCAUCUAGCAUACUCCCGGGCUGGAGCGUUCGCUAGUGCCAGCGCUAGCUCUGGCGCUAGUGCUUACAGUGCGCCAUACAAUUUCGAGAAUGUCCAUAACGGUGAUGGCAGUUAUAGGUUUAGUUACGAUGCUAAUGGUAUUUCUGCGCAUGAGAGUGGCGCUCCCCGCGCCGCUGGUUCAGAGGGUCCUGCAGUGACAUCUGAAGGAGGGUACUCCUUCCGAACACCUGACGGUCAGCAAGUCUCCCUCACUUACACCGCUGAUGAGAACGGAUUCCAUCCUACGGGAUCUCACAUUCCCACUCCCCCUCCGAUUCCCGCUGAGAUCCUACGUUCUAUUGAAUUCAAUAGACAAAAUCCUGGUGGAGACGGCGCUUACAACCCUGGUCGUAACUAUAACUACUGAGCUCCAUGUGGUAAUACCUCUGGGAAUUAUAACAAAGGCCUGUACUGUGAUAUCGAUGUGUAGAAUGUUACUUGUUAAACUGACUAAAGAAUGUUUAAUUUAUUAAAGAUUAAUAUGAGUAAAUAAAAGAAGCU